AUGACGAAUACCUUGACAGUAUCGAUACUUCUGUUCAUCUGCUCAGCAUACAUUGCUGCACAAGCCCAGCCCGUCAUUGGAGGUCGCUCUGCCGUUGAAGUCGAGCAGAAGCGAUCGGCAGCUCCAACGCCAAUGCCACGGGUGCUCACGCUCAACCCGCGCUCGACACCCGACGAGGUCUACGCAUUCUACUCACCUCGCGACGUCAACCCUUUUGAAGAUGGCACGCCUGUCAAGCGUCAAGACCAACCUUCGGUUCCACUCGCCUCCCUCGGUCCACCUUCGUUCCCCUCGUCGAUCCCCUCGUGUCCCAAGUGCGAAUCGCAAUACUCUUCCCUCUCCUCCUGCAUGGGUGCCUCCUCCGCCUUCGCCAACGCCACCUCGAUCUUCAACAACCCCAUCGCCUACAUCAACGCCAUCAAAUGCGCCUGCACCGAUACCUUCCAAUCCGUCUACCCGCAGUGUCUCGACUGCUUCCAGCGUACCGAUCAGUGCUACUACCUCGGCACGGAUCCACAGGGCACAGGAGCAGGCAACGUGAUUUCGAAUAUGAGGAGCAUCUGUGGAUUGGGGUCGGCGUUGUUGGGCGGUGCAGCUAGUGCGAAUGGGGAUGUGGGGACAGAGGUGCCGAGCAACCCGGGAACGUACACGGAUGUGUCGACUACAGCGGCAGGGUACAAGGAUGCGAGUACGGGGGCGAUCUUUCAGAGUUCCGGCGGGAGGUCGAGUGUGGACGAUGCGGUCAGGGGUUGGAAGUUGGGAGGGAUGGUGGUGAUGGUGACCGCUUUGGCGGUGAUGGGUGGGGCGAUCAGGAUUGCGCUUUAA